CAAAAAGCAAGUACUAUAGGCAAAAGUUCAAUCAUGAAAAGAAAGUAGAUCUAGAUCAUCCAUUUUGUUGGAGCAGCACAUACACAAAGUUUCGGUCGUAAUGUACUGGUUGUGUGUAAAAAGAGGUAAUAAAACUUCGACGUUUAUUCGGCCAUGACGACAUUUUCUUGGCAUCAUUUUUCUCGAAUUUUAUUCUCGACAGCAUUUCUCGUCGUCUUUCCCGGCGUAUUAGUUCAAGAUGUUGGCGCCAUUCGACUCGUCGACUCUGUCUUGGCCAGAGAUGGCAGAAGGAGCGCCAGAACCUCUCUCACCAACACAAGCAACACAACGAACGCCAUGUCUGCACAAGGGAAUGUCACCAAUGUACCCACACUCGACGAAAUAUCUGCGACGAUGGAUGGCCUAGACGGCAAAAUUCAGAAGCUGACCUUGCAGUUGGAUGGGAUACAGCAGAAAUAUGGCGACAAGUUUUGAAUCUUAUCUCCUAUGGAGGUAUGCUUUUUGAUUUUUUCCUCUUCUAACCUGCCAUCACUUCCUUGUUUUGAGCGCUGAGAGUCUCAAGAGAGGAGAGUGUUGAGAGCGUUUUGUCUACACACCUAGUUUUUUUUUCUUCUAACACCGCAUCUAGACUUCAUGCACUACAGGGUUAGUAGUCUAACUUGCUUCCAAUCUUCUAACACCGCAUCACUUCCUUGGAAAAUGUUACUGCAACCGGCCUCAAGGAUCUCGGAACUAUCCAGCAGGGCUUGCGGGAUGUACUGGCGACAAGUCAAAAUAAUUCAGCAGCCGUAGCAAUACUGAGUGGGAAUGCAGCAACGGUUGCGGGAAUGCUCAAAAACAACUCCGCGAAAUUAGCCCAAGAAGAACAAUACCUCACAGAAUUGAGCACGAGUUUGAAUGUGCUGGGGAGUAGGUAUUGCGUUUUUUGGUUUCUGACUUAGGGACAACUAUCUAAAGAGCUGUCUAUAUACCCUUUAUUUUCUGACUUAAGUUGGUGCUGCCGCAUAAGGAUGACACUUUAAGACAGCUGGUGCUAGUUCGUUAACAAAUAUUUUGUAUUCGUAGAGGUCGUGAAAUCAAGAUCAACCCCUUCAUGAAUAAUGAUAAUCCUCUUUGAGGCAGGUCUUUGGAGGAACUAGAACUACCACCCCUACCGCACACAGUGGCCUAGACACAGCCGCCAAAGUCGAGAAGCUUGAGGCUGCUGUCAACGAGACUGUCCCAACAGGAAAAUUGAGCCAAGCCAUGGACGUUAUCGAAAAACGUAUGGACGACUUCGAAUUGGCCCUCAAAAACGGCGUGGACGCGCAGAUUCAAGGCUAUCUUGGCGCAGCUUUGGACGAUAUGAGAAGUGAAAUCAGACAGGUGGGAAAGAAGACGGGUGGGGUGAAGUAAGUUGUAGACGCAUACUGGUAGGUAGAAGUAGAGUUUUUUCCUAUAUAGCAAUGAAUGUGAAGGGCACGCUGGACACUGGCUUCACGUCGCAGAGAAAAAGAUUCAAUUAUUGGGAAGAAUAACCCGCACUUGCGGAUCAUGAAGUCCGAGUUUGAUUGUUUUUUCCAUUGAUGUGAUUGACGUGCAGAACAAGAAACCCUAGAAAAUAUAAUUCGGUGGCGAAGAUACAGUCUUUCGCUGGUGCCUACAUGCACAAAC